GUUACUUCCGGUCCCAGGUGCGGAGCCGGCGCCCUCACGGGUGUGGAGGGGAAGUAACGGAGCUGCUCGGAAGAUGGCGGCGGUGGAGACUGUCCAGACUGUCCCGACUUCAACGACGGCGUCGGCCACGGCGACAGCCACGGCAGCGGCUCUUGGGGAGGUGGAGGAUGAAGGGCUGUUGGCGUCGCUCUUCCGGGACCGCUUCCCCGAGGCCCAGUGGCGGGAGCGACCCGACGUGGGCCGCUACCUCCGGGAGCUGAGCGGCUCGGGGCUGGAGCGGCUGCGGCGGGAGCCGGAGCGCCUGGCGGAGGAGCGGGCGCAGCUGCUGCAGCAGACGCGGGACUUGGCCUUCGCCAACUACAAGACCUUCAUCCGCGGCGCCGAGUGCACCGAGCGCAUCCACCGCCUCUUCGGUGACGUGGAGGAGUCGCUCGGCCGCCUCCUGGACCGCCUGCCCGGCUUCCAGCAGAGCUGCAGGAACUUUGUGAAGGAGGCCGAGGAGAUCAGCUCCAACCGCCGGAUGAACACUCUCACUUUGAACCGGCAUACGGAAAUCUUGGAAAUCUUGGAGAUUCCUCAGCUCAUGGAUACCUGUGUCCGGAACAGCUAUUACGAAGAGGCCCUGGAACUUGCUGCCUAUGUACGUCGACUGGAAAGGAAAUAUUCCUCCAUCCCCGUCAUCCAGGGCAUUGUGAAUGAAGUGCGCCAGUCCAUGCAGCUGAUGCUGAGCCAGCUGGUCCAGCAACUGAGGACCAACAUCCAGCUGCCUGCCUGCCUGCGUGUCAUUGGCUACCUGAGGCGCAUGGAUGUCUUCACCGAAGCUGAGCUAAGGGUGAAGUUUCUUCAGGCCCGAGAUGCUUGGCUUCGCUCCAUCCUGACUGCCAUCCCAACGGAUGAUCCCUAUUUCCAUAUCACAAAGACCGUUGAGGCCUGCCGGGUGCACCUCUUUGAUAUCAUCACUCAGUACCGUGCCAUCUUCUCCGAUGAAGAUCCCCUGCUGCCACCCCCUGUGGGGGAGCACACCGUGAAUGAAGGUGCCAUCUUCCAUGGGUGGGUGCUGCAGAAGGUCUCACAGUUCCUGCAGGUGCUGGAGGCUGACCUUCACCGUGGGAUCGGUGGCCGCCUAGACUCACUGCUGGGCCAGUGCAUGUACUUUGGUUUGUCAUUCAGCCGGGUGGGGGCCGAUUUCCGGGGCCAGUUGGCUCCUGUUUUUCAGCGGGUAGCCAUUACCACUUUUCAGAAAGCAAUUCAAGAAGCAAUGGAGAAAUUCCAAGAUGAAAUGAAUUCCUACACCCUCAUCUCAGCUCCAACCAUCCUGGGCAGCAGUAGCAUGCCUGCUGCCAUUCCAGCCACCCAGCCGGGGACACUGCAGCCACCCAUGGUGCUGUUAGACUUCCCACCCCUUGCCUGCUUCCUCAACAACAUCCUGGUCGCCUUCAAUGACCUGCGUCUCUGCUGCCCCGUGGCCCUCGCUCAGGAUGUGACACGGAUCUUGGAGGACGCCCUUGCCAAGGUAACCAAAAUAAUCCUGGCUUUCCAUCGUGCGGAGGAGGCCGCCUUCAGCAGUGGGGAGCAGGAGCUCUUUGUCCAGUUCUGCACUGUCUUCCUGGAAGACCUGGUUCCUUAUUUAAAUCGCUGCCUUCAAGUCCUUUUUCCACCAGCUCAGAUAGCACAGACUUUAGGCAUUCCACCCAGCCAGCUCUCCAGGUAUGGAAGCCUUGGGCAUGUCAACGUCAGCGUCAUCCAGGAGCCUCUGGCCUUCAUCCUGCCUAAGAGAGAGACGGACUUUUCUCUGGACGAUCCGGAGCUGAUGGCCAAGCUUCCCGCCGCGGCCCCGGAGCCUGCCACCGCUCCAGCCCAGGAGGAGGGACUGGACCCCGGAGGAGAGCAGGUGGUGUGGACUGCGCAUGGGUGGACUGCGCGAAUCAUUCAGCAUGAGAUGGACCACUUACAGGGGUGCCUGUUCAUUGACAAGAUGGACAGCAGGACCUUUACAAAUGUCCACUGGAUGGAGGUGAAUGACUGAGGCAUGUGUGGCAGGCUAAGGAUCUGGGUAGAUGAUGCAGACUUGUCAGCCUGAGCUCUACGCAUCUCAUGUGCUGCAUCCUGGAAUUGGCUCCAAUCUGACAGCAAACAGCAGGCUGCUGAUACAUGCUGAGAAUUGGAGGGGAAUUGUAGCAAUGUUUGCCCCAAAUCAGCUUUGGGUAAAAUACUAACUUGAGAAAUGAACAUCUCCUUGAAGGAGUGGACUAUAUCGUAUGGAGAGAAGUAAACCAUUCUCAGUAAAAA